AUAAACAUGGACUUGUUUGGUGAUGGUCGUGCUUGGUCUUACGGAUCUUGGAUGGGUGCCAACGGGGCAGGUUGCGUCAACACAAAAUGUCCAGGGUUUGUGCAAGUUGGAAAUAAUAAUUUCUUGAGUGAACCUCUUGAUACCACUAGGGACAAGUCAUUUAUUAGGUUUUCCAUUCAUCAGGAUCAUGCGACAGGAAAUUGGUGGAUUACUCAAAUACUCAAAGACUCUAAGAGUGAUAUCGGUUAUUGGCCAAAGGAAUUGUUCGAUGUAUUAGGCGGCGGUGCUACGUCGGUGGGAUUCUCUGGCGUGGUCCGCGCUCCUCCAAAUGGUCCGAGCCCGCCCAUGGGGAACGGCAACCUACCGAAAGACAAGGAUCCUUAUCACUCGGCGUUUUUCGCUAAUCUC